AAACUUCCCGUGAGCCUCUUUACACCGACUAGUGUGCGUUGUUUGUGGUGUGACUGAAUGAACUAAAGUUAAAAUGGCUAGCGACGGACCACCAGGAACCGACGUCAACCCGUUCGACCUGGGUGGUGCUGUGGUGUCCCUGAACACAUGGAGCGUCCCCGAGCUGCAAGCGAAACUGGCCGAGAUCGGUGCGCCAAUAAUGGGGCCGAGAGAUGACUUAAUUGACCGACUGAAAGGAUACAUGAUGCAGACGGGCAUGAUUCUGAACAAACCCAACAUGCCAGGUGGAGAUGACAAGUCAAUGACACAGAUGCCAGGUAUCCCGCCCCUCCCCCCGAUCCCCCCGAUGCCGCUCCCCCCGGGCAUGGGCAUGCUGCAGGCCAUGAGCAUGAUGGGCGCACCCCCUCCCCCUGGCAUGCACAUGGGCAUGGAGCCGCCCGGCCUGUCUCCGGACCCACUCAAGAUGGCACAGCAGCGGGCAGCCAUGGGUGAGUCUCGGGUCAUGGAGGAGCAGAUGAAGGAGCAGGAGCUUCUGGAACAGCAGAAGAGGGCUGCAGUGCUGUUGGAGCAGGAGAGGCAGCAGGAGAUGGUGGUGAAGCUCCAGCAGGGUCCCCCCGGCGUGCGGAUGAUGCCAGACUCCAGCCCCCGAGCCACCCUCAUCCCCAUGUCCAGCCUGCCCCCCAUGAGAGCUAUGACGACGAGUGGCCCGCCCCCCCCUGGCGUUUCCAUGAUGUCCAUGUCCAGCCAGAAGCAGCGUAUGCCCCCCCCACCUGGAGAAGAUGGCAGAGAGUCUUGGCAGGGUGAAGAUGUGGGUAUCGGGCCUAAGAUCCCUCAGGCGCUGGAGAAGAUCCUGCAGCUGAAGGAGAUCAGACAGGAGCAGCUCAACACUGUCCCCCCAGCGGAAGACGAAAACGAGGCUCUAGACGCAGAACUGAACAGCUCCCUUGCCCUGUCAGAGACGGAGGAGGACGACUCCGGCCUCUCCAAAAAGGAGAAAAACCGCCGUCGCCGCAACAGGAAGAAGAAGAAGAAGAAGCGCGACCAGGAGAACCAGCCCCAGAAGGAGAACGAGGAGGAUGACAAGAAAGGAGGGAAGGAGAAGGAGAAAGAGAAAGACAAGGACAAGGAGCCAGAGGUGGAGAUCGAGUACAUCACUGAGGAGCCAGAGAUCUACGACCCCAAUUUCAUCUUCUUCAAGAGGAUCUUUGAAGCCUUCAAGCUGACGGACGACAUCAAGAAGGAGAAGGAGAAGGAGCCGGAGAAGACGGAGAAGCCGGAGCUCACCGCCAUCAGGAAGAAGGGAUUCGAGGAGGAGAAGAAGGACAGCGACGACAGCGAUGAUGAAGUGAAGACUGACGGCCCCAAGAUGUCCAAGAAGAAGCUGCGUCGCAUGAACAGACUGACUGUGGCUGAACUCAAACAGCUGGUGGCGCGCCCCGAUGUGGUGGAGAUGCACGACGUGACGGCGCAGGAGCCCAAGCUGCUGGUGCACCUGAAGGCCACGCGGAACACCGUGCCCGUGCCGCGCCACUGGUGCUUCAAGCGCAAGUACCUGCAGGGCAAGAGGGGUAUCGAGAAGCCGCCCUUCGAGCUGCCCGAGUUCAUCAAGCGCACCGGCAUCCAGGAGAUGAGAGAGGCACUGCAGGAGAAGGAGGACGCUAAGACCAUGAAGACUAAGAUGCGGGAGAAGGUUCGGCCCAAGAUGGGCAAGAUCGACAUUGACUACCAGAAGCUGCACGACGCUUUCUUCAAGUGGCAGAUCAAGCCCAAGCUCACCAUCCAUGGGGAUUUGUACUACGAGGGGAAGGAGUUUGAGACUCGUCUGAAGGAGAAGAAGCCUGGUGAUCUGUCUGAUGAGCUGCGUAACGCCCUGGGCAUGCCCACUGGACCUAACUCUCACAAGGUCCCCCCUCCGUGGUUGAUCGCCAUGCAGCGGUACGGCCCUCCUCCCUCCUACCCCAACCUGAAGAUCCCUGGACUCAACGCUCCCAUUCCUGACGGAUGCUCGUUCGGGUACCACGCGGGGGGCUGGGGGAAGCCUCCCGUGGACGAGACGGGGAAGCCGCUGUACGGAGACGUGUUCGGGACCAACGCUAUAGACUUCCAGGCUAAGGCGGAGGAGGAGGAGGUGGACCGGACUCCGUGGGGAGAGCUGGAGCCGUCAGAUGAUGAGUCGUCUGAGGAAGAGGAGGAGGAGGAGAGCGAUGAAGACAAGCCCGAUGAGACUGGCUUCUUCACACCCGCCGACAGUGGUCUGAUCACUCCUGGAGGCUUCUCUUCUGUCCCUGCCGGCAUGGAGACCCCAGAGCUCAUUGAGCUGAGGAAGAAGAAGAUCGAAGAGGCCAUGGACGGAAAUGAGACUCCUCAGCUCUUCACUGUACUGCCAGAGAGGAGGACAGCUGCCGUGGGCGCCGCCAUGAUGGCCUCGACACACAUCUACGACGUCUCUGGGGCGAUGGCGGGUCGUAAGGCGGGCGGCGCGGGCGACAGCCAGGGCGUGGAGGUGGCUCUGGCCCCCGAGGAGCUGGAGCUGGACCCCAUGGCCAUGACACAGAAGUACGAGGAGCACGUGCGCGAGCAGCAGGCCCAGGUGGAGAAGGAGGACUUCAGCGACAUGGUGGCCGAGCACGCUGCCAAACAGAAGCAAAAGAAGAGGAAGGCUCAGCCCCAGGACACACGUGGCGGAGCGAAGAAGUACAAGGAGUUCAAGUUUUAGUCGGAUGAGAGGGUGACUGAGGGAGAGAUUAAAGGUAGAGGAGGAGAAGAAAGGAGAGCGGGGGAGGGAAAAGAGAGAUUGAGAGAAAGCAAUACUUGUCACACACACACACACACACACCCCUUUUCUCAACAUUAUUUUGAACCAUGCUUCUAGUACUUGUGUGUUUUCUACAACAGUUGCCCAACAUUACGUGAGUGCAUGACCCAUAAAAAUGACAUCUGAGCAUAGAUGCUUCUCACCGGCCUCGGCCGUGCAAGGAGUGAGCCAUACGUGCGUCACUGGUUUUAAAUAUGUGCCCCUCGAAAGGUUUCGGUUCUUUCUUUUUGCAUUUACACACUGUGUUGUAAAUUGUGACUUCUUGCAUUUCUUGAAUCUUUUUUUUGUUUUGUUUUUUCCCCUGUUAUUUGAACAUGUUUUUAGUAACUUUGCCAGUCUGUACACACUGAUGGGGUGUGUCUUGCAUGACAACACACCAAAAAUGUCUCUUGUAACUUUUUGUUCUCAUGGAUUUUCACUUUUUUUUUUGUUUGUAAAUAAAAGACCAGUCUGUACCCUUUUAAA